CAACUCUAACAAGAUCCUCCUCAUUCGUAAAUUCUUUUUAUUUUCACCAAUAUUUUACCUUCUCCUUUUAUUUCAAUUUCAAUUUCAAUCUUUACCUUUGUUCCUGAAAUUUUUAGGUUAUAUCCACAAAUCAGCUUUAUGAGGACGACACGUAGACCGAUCCAAGUGGUAUCCACAUGGGUCCGCCGGCAACCACCAAAGGUGAAGGCUUUUCUGGCGGUGAUUACCGGUAUGGCGGCGCUUGUGUUGCUACGCGCCAUCGUACACGAUCAUGAUAAUCUCUUUGUUGCUGCUGAGGCUGUUCAUUCCAUUGGAAUAUCCGUUCUUAUUUAUAAGCUCAUGAAAGAAAAAACUUGUGCCGGACUUUCACUCAAAUCCCAGGAACUCACUGCUAUGUUUUUGGCUGUUAGACUGUAUUGCAGUUUUGUCAUGGAAUAUGAUAUACACACCUUACUUGAUUUAGCUACACUAGCUACGACAUUGUGGGUUAUUUAUAUGAUCCGUUUUAAGCUUAAAUCAAGUUACAUGGAGGACAAAGACAAUUUUUUAAUCUAUUACGUGGUGAUCCCUUGUGCUGCCUUAGCUUUACUAAUUCAUCCAUCUACAUCACAUCUCUUCGUUAAUAGAGUCUUCUGGGCUUUCUGUGUUUACUUGGAGGCAGUUUCUGUGCUACCUCAACUCCGUGUCAUGCAAAAUACUAAGAUAGUUGAACCAUUCACAGCUCAUUAUGUAUUUGCAUUGGGUGUUGCAAGGUUCUUAAGCUGCGCUCACUGGGUUCUCCAGGUUUUGGAUAGUCGUGGCCAUCUGCUGGUAGCAUUGGGUCAUGGUCUGUGGCCUUCUAUGGUUCUGAUAUCUGAAAUAGUUCAAACCUUUAUCUUAGCAGACUUCUGUUACUACUAUGUUAAAAGUGUUUUCGGUGGACAGCUGGUCAUGCGCCUUCCUUCUGGGGUCGUGUAACUGAUGAUUGUGCUAGUUAUGGACAGAAUUUUCACACAUGUUUGUUGCGUUUUCUUUUGCUUAUCUUUGGUCUCUAUAGAAGGUCCCAGCUUUGGUGUAGGACUCUUCAGACGCAAAAUCGAGCGUGCGUCUUUUGUGAAGUUAGCAUUAUCUAAAUUAUAUAAACAAUAGAUUUUCUGGCAAUCAUAGACUAUUUUACUUUGUUAGCAAUUAGCACUAACAUAUGGCUUUGGGAUACGUACUCAUUUUUGUACUUAUGUACUAAUGUACCACAAUGAAUGAUUAAUUAUUCUGAUUCUGACAUAA